AUGGCGCAAUCUAUCUCUCCAAAAUUCGAGAAUAUUGUCGAAAAAGCCAUAGACGCAAUCUCCGAUGAAUUGCAUGAAAUAAGCUUAAAGAUACAUGAUAAUCCAGAACUCUCGCUCGACGAAAACUUUGCACACAAAAUUCUUACGGAUUAUUUGGAAACAAAAGGAUUUAUAGUUAAACGACAUGCGUAUGGAUUGAAAACCGCGUUUCGAGCUGAGUUUGAAAAUACAACAGAUCAAAACAUUGAUGAUGAAGUAAAGAAAGGGAGGACCAUUUCGUUCAAUUCCGAAUAUGAUGCGUUACCUGGAAUCGGUCAUGCAUGUGGACACAAUUUAAUUGCGAUUUCUGGUGUUGGUGCUGCAUAUGGCGUAAAAUGCGCAAUUGAAACCUUAAAAAUUCCCGGAAAAGUUGUUUUGUUUGGCACUCCAGCUGAAGAAAAAUAUAGCGGGAAAGCUGUAAUGAUCUCGGCUGGCGCAUAUAAAGAUGUCGAUAUUUGUAUGAUGGUUCAUCCCGCAUGGGCUGAUACAGUCGAACCAGUUUAUUUAGCAAUUCGUAGAGCUGAAGUGGAAUAUUUUGGAAAGGCUUCCCAUGCUGCAGCAUCGCCUUGGGAAGGUAUAAACGCGCUUGAUGCAGCUGUACAAGCAUAUAAUGCUCUUUCAAUGCUCAGACAACAAAUCCAGCCAUUCAACAGAAUUCAUGGAAUAAUAACAAAUGGGGGAAAGGCAGCAAAUAUUAUUCCUGAUUACGCAAGUUUGUCUUUUUACAUUCGUUCAACUAAGAAAGAAAAUUUGGCACCAUUGCAAGAAAAGGUUAAUUCUUGUUUCGUAGCAGCGGCGGAAGCUACUGGGUGUAAAUACAAAAUUAAUUGGACAAGCGAAAUAUUGGAUGUAUUGCAGAAUCACCAUCUUAGAAAUAGAUUUGAGGAAUAUAUGUCGGAACGUGGCGUAAAAUACAUACCGAAUGUUGUUGAUCUUACGGGUUCUACUGACAUGGGAAAUGUUAGCUACGUUGUACCAGCAAUCCAUGCAUUAUACAACAUCGGAAAAGAAAAUACUCCCAAAUUUCACACCAUCGAAUUUGAAAAACUUGCAAAAUCAUCCACAGCUCACGCAAGAACUAUGCAAGCAACGAAAUGUUUGGCGUUGACUGCUUUGGAUGUGCUGACGGAUGAUCAACUGUUUAGAGAAGUAAGGAAAGAUUUUGAGGAUUGUGUCGGAAAGGAUGAUAAUGUGAAAUCGAAAAUUUGA